AUGGCUUCUAUUUGGCGAAGAGCUUGUGUCGGCUGCACUAAAUCUAAACGGCAAUGUACCAAAGCCGUACCGGCGUGUCGGCGCUGUGCAAACAAAGGAAUUCCUUGCGUAUAUCCGCCGGCCCGACGAACUAACAACAUCCACCUAGAUGCGGAUGCGGCCGCCGCAAUAUCUUCCGCAAUACCUUCCGGAACCACCGGGGGUUCCGCAAACCCGCUUCCUAUGAUUUGUCAUGAUAACGACCGGGUGGGGAACGAUGACAUAAACUUCCAUCCGCUACAGCUGAUGCAAUCAGACUUGGUUGAAGAAAUGAUUUCACGAGCAACAAUAUACCAUUCACAGCCCUCAAUAGGCAUUGAUCCAACAGCCGUUUCAACAGGACUGUGGUUCCUGGGGCCGGAGUCAUGGGUCACAGAUCAUACUCCAUGUGCGCCUAACCAACCUGAGCUUAGUCAGGAUCGUGUGCUUCAACGUUUCGUCGACAGCGUUCAGGAUUGGCUGCGACGGUGGGUGACGGACGGCGGUAGCCCGCUGCACCAUCACCAGUUGUACCGCGAGAACAUGCCGCGGUGCGUGCAAGAUGCACAUUCAGCUAUUGCUCUAUAUCAUAUGACAACCUGCAGCAAUGCUGACACGAGGGCUAUGACGGCUCGUGUGCUGGAGGACCGCGUUACGCAAUUGUUAGCGGAUCAAACUUUCGAGGCCUCGCUAAGGGGGGGUGAGGAAAUGAGCACAUUUGACCAUAUAUGUAGGGUCCAGUCGCUACUAACGUACCAGACCAUUCGACUUCUCGAUGGCGAUAUACGCAUGAGAGCCCAAGCCGAGGCGCUGAUUCCCACUCUCUUCCGUUGGACGCAACAGCUCCUCGACAGCACAAAGAACAGCUUGACGCAGCCGGCACGCUUCCUCGCUGACAUUGCAGCGUCCUGUCCUAACGUAGCUGAUUCCGAGGAUGCCAUCCUCUGGGCGGCCUGGAUCCUGGUCGAGAGCACGCGGCGCACGUGGCUCGUUGCCAACUACCUUCAGGAGACAUAUCUCUACAUGAAGCAAGGGUGGAGCAAGUGUCCGGGGCGCGUACCCAACACGAUGCAUGGCCGCUUAUGGGAUGCGACGUCGGCGUAUGCCUGGUCCAAGGCUUGUCGUGAAAUCGAUACCGUGCUCAUCCCCACACAGCGGAUAGAGAAGCUACUCUUCGAAACAAAUCCUGAAGAUCUUGAUGAGUUUAGCUUAUUAAUUGUGGAGCUAAUAUACGGUAUGGAGAGAAUAGAGAAAUGGAUUGAGGACUCGAGAAGGGAAAAACAACAAGCGCUAUCAGAUAUAAUCUAA